GCGCGGGUCGCUUGGCGCCAAUUGCGAAUCGCUACAGCCAGCUCAAGCCUAGCUGGUCCCCGGGCGGCGCGUGUUCGCUCCCUCCUCGGCUCCGGGAUGAUCGGCCAGAAGACGCUCUACUCCUUCUUCUCCCCGAACCCCGCCAGGAAGCGACGUUCCCGCAGCCCGGAGCCCGCCGGCCUGGGGACCGGCGUGGCGGCCUCAGCUGAGGAGAGCGGGGAUGUGGCGGCCAGCCCCGCCAAGAAGGCCCGGGCCGGGCAGGACGAGCCCGGCACGCCGCCCUCCUCGCCGCUGAGCCCGGAGCAGCUGGUCCGCAUCCAGAGGAACAAGGCCGCGGCCCUGCUCAGGCUCGCGGCCCGCAACGUGCCCGCGGGCUUCGGCGAGAGCUGGAAGAAGCACCUCAGCGGAGAGUUCGGGAAACCGUAUUUUAUAAAGCUAAUGGGAUUUGUUGCAGAAGAAAGAAAACAUUACACUGUGUAUCCACCCCCACACCAAGUCUUCACGUGGACCCAAAUGUGUGACAUAAGAGAUGUAAAGGUUGUUAUCCUGGGACAGGAUCCAUAUCAUGGACCCAAUCAAGCUCACGGGCUCUGCUUUAGUGUUCAAAGACCUGUUCCACCUCCACCCAGUUUGGAAAACAUUUACAGAGAGCUGUCUACAGACAUAGAUGGUUUUGUUCAUCCCGGCCAUGGAGAUCUUUCUGGGUGGGCCAAGCAAGGUGUUCUCCUCCUCAAUGCUGUCCUCACCGUGCGGGCCCAUCAAGCCAAUUCUCAUAAGGAGAGAGGCUGGGAGCAAUUUACCGACGCAGUUGUGUCCUGGCUAAAUCAGAACUCGAGUGGCCUUGUCUUCCUGCUCUGGGGCUCUUACGCUCAGAAGAAGGGCAGUGCCAUCGAUCGGAAGCGGCACCAUGUACUGCAGACUGCUCAUCCCUCCCCGUUGUCGGUGUACAGAGGUUUCUUUGGAUGUAGGCAUUUCUCUAAGACCAAUGAGCUGCUGCAGAGGUCCGGCAAGAAGCCCAUUGACUGGAAAGAGCUAUGAUUCUCAACUGAGGGGUGGUUUGUCUCCGUUGGUGGUUUCUGAGAAGCUGCUGUUGCCGUAUUUGUCAGUUACCAAGCUGAACUGAAAAUUUCCCGAUUCCUUAAAACUCGGCAUAAGGUGGGAAAAGCUUCCAGAAAGCCACCAUGGCAGCGUUGUCCAUCCUGACACAGCAAAGACUACGCUUUGACUGGAGUCUUUCUCUGCACUGUGGCUUCAGUCUAAGGGGUGCACUGUGAGGUCAGACACUCUCACUGGGCUCUCCUCCCCUCCGUUACCCUUAGGCUAAAGAGGGGAGAUGCGCAUCUUUUUGGUGCAGCCAGUACUUUAGUGCCUGCUGCUACUUGUUUUUGCCUGGUAGGUUAGACAUUCUGUUAUAAGCGUUGGGGCAUUUUAUUUUUGCUUAGAAGAGCCCCCCUGUUCUCAGCCCAGCAGGCAUUCCGGCUCACCAGGUAUACGGCCCCCUUGAUCUUUCAAGGUGCCCUCAGGCCCUUGAAGGAAGCAUGAGGAUGAUUUAUAGGUUUCUAGGUAUCCAGCCCAGAAAUUAGAGAUCGAUUGCUCCAUUGCAGUAGAGGUGAAGAUUCCUAAGGAAUAAUCCUUGGUGACAGGGGCCAAGAGAAGUGAGCUGGGUGUUGUUUAUCCUGUCAUUGGGGUGUUUUGGGGAAUAGGCAGUAGAAGUUGAACAAGGAAGAGGAAAAAGGGGGAUUUUUUCAUUAGGGAGUGUUUUUAUCCCAGGGUUAUCCUGAGUUGGGUUUUUUUAAGGCAGCACAGACUGCCAAAUGCUGUUUUUUUAUGGGCUGAAAUCACUUCGGAAUAUUUGUUCUGCAACAUUGGAAAAUUUUACUUUUUUAAAAAAAUACGCAGAUGUAUAUUUUUUCAGUCCUCUUUUAAAAAACAAUCUUUAUUGAGUCUGUACUUCCAUGCUUGACCUAGUCAGAGAUGCUGUAUUUGCUGUUAGCGGGGUUAAAGAGUUAACCCUGCAGCGAGUUUGUUAAUAAAGAUUGUUGACGUUU